CAUUUUGACGAGUUGUUGGAGAAGAAAAGACCAAAUUUGUGGUAUUUUUGCACUCCAUCAUUAAAGGAUGGGUGCCUUUACCAGUAGAAAUAAUGAUGGAGUGGAAGAAGUCGACUAUGCUUCUAACAAUGCAUAUCGCUAUCCUCCGAAAAUGGGUAAUUAUUUUGGUUCUCACUUUAUAAUGGGUGGAGAAAGGUUUGACAUGAGUCAACCUGAGGCAUACUUGUUUGGAGAGAAUUCUGACCUGAAUUUUCUUGGAAGUAAACCAAUACCGUUCCCGUAUCCUCCACCUACGGGAAAUGAGCCCACCAAGACAUUGAAGAGUCUUGUCAAUAUCAGGAAAGAUUCCCUCCGAUUUGUCAGAGUAGAGGAAGCUGAUGCUGCUCAGCUACCAGAUGAUGGAAAGACUAGGAAAUCAUCGGGCUGUAGAUACAAUAUAGAGUUCACAUUUGAUUGUGAUGUACGUUGUGCUAUCACCAUCUACUACUUUGCUUCGGAGGAAAUCAGCAAUGGUCAACUGAUAUAUCGCCCACGAGAUCAAUCUAUGAACUCUGAGACAUUCCACUACAAAAGAGGAGCCAAUCAAGUCUUUUCUCAGCCCACCCACAUCAUCGACCCCAAUAAGUUCUUGGAUGAUGAGUGGCAGUAUGACCCACUGAAGGAGACCAUUCCUGUAGUGAUACAUGCUGUAGUAGAAGAUGAUGACCACUCAAACCACUCCCACAUGACAUUUGCUGUGGUAGAAAGGAGCUCUGUGGAUGGAAGUUACAUGAUCAAACCACUUAAACAGAAGCAAUUUGUAGAUGGACUGCCUUACCUCCUGCAGGAAAUUUACGGAAUCGAGAACAAACAGACUGACCGCUCAAAGCUUGACCCUGAUGAUGACCUGGAGGACAGUGGUGCAGAAUGUGUGAUCUGUAUGUCAGAUAUGAGGGACACACUUAUCCUGCCUUGUCGUCACUUAUGUUUGUGUAGUACCUGUGCAGAGUCUCUCAGGUACCAGGCCAGCAGCUGUCCAAUUUGUCGCUCACCUUUCAGGGCCCUGCUUCAGAUAAGAGCUAUGAGGAAAAAACAGUCGGUUCCUCUGCAUCAGACAGAAGGCAAUGACGAGAACCCUGUCAGUCAGGAGGGGGUACCUCCAGGUUAUGAGGCUGUUUCCCUCAUUGAGGCCCUCAAUGGUCCCUGUAAUCAGUUCUUCCCUGCUCCAGGUGAUGGGUUUCCAGUGUCUAUGAGGAUGAUGCAGCCAGGUGACCUAGAUACCUACCAUAGGGAAAAGAAACGGUCAUCAAAAAGGAAUGUGAUCGCAGUUGACUCAGCAAAAGAUAAUCAACAGAAUGUGGUGUUCCGAGCUGACGACAAAAAAAUGUUAGAGGAGGAGGAACGAGAAUCCCAGGACCAACCCCAGGUUGUAAUGAUGGCCCAUUCAGAGCAAGCCAAGUCUCCAAAGAAAAAGGAUCUCAACAAACCAUUGUAUGAUGAAAGUUCUGAUGAGAUGAAAGCAUCUAAAGAUGGUGACUCACAAGAUAGAAAGGGCCUACAGGUGUAUGACCUGGGAGAGUCUGAAGCUGACAGUGACUAUGAAUUGAAGCCUAUUCAGGUGAAGCAGAGUCACUUGUCAGCUGAAGACCUUGCCGAUGACGAGAGGGAAGACAGUUCAGAAGCUGAACCAGAGCCAGAUCCAGACUACGACAAUGCCAUCAACAAUGAAACAGAAAGGAGCCAGGACGAGGAAAGUGGGGAAGAAUGCACAGCAUCGAUGGCUUCAAGUCAGGCAGAAGUGGGUCAUGUUAGAGACUAUGAGGACAGAAGAGUGACAUACAUCAAAGGACUGAGUAGAAGUGCUAAUGAGGUGAACGCAGACAAUGAUGGGUACACACCUCUCCAUGUGAGAAAUAGUUUAUCCCUGCCAGUAGCCUCCAGUAGUAGUACUGAGGUAUCAAGCUUUGGCAGUGCUAGCAGUUCCCAGGGACUUCUUCCGUCGGAUGUGGUGUCUGAUGAUGAUAAGCUUGAUCUGUGAUGAAUGAUGACUAACUCACAAGUAUAAACCAUUGAGAGCUGAAAGCAUGGUUGUUCAGCUAUAUUUCUGUCAUCAGUGAUGUUCAAUGAUUUCAGACUCUACAAACCAAGUAUCCCAUCAGUCCCAUGUGUUGACUAGUGAUGGUCUACUAGAUCUGACAGGAUUCCCUCUUCUUUGUUCCAAUCUAGUCCAUUCAGUUCAAUAGUAUUGAAUCUGACACACAUCUUACUGGUGAAUGUCGGUAGUCUGUGGCAGGUUCCAGGAAGUUUUGAAAAUGAGGCUUUCAGAGAUAUUCUGAUCAGAUUUACCAAGUAAGUCUUCUGUAGAUAGAGGCAUCAAGAUGUUCCACCCAUGGAGCUAGCAGUCAGGUAAGAACCUUGUGAUUCCAGAAUUAGCCAAUCCUUUUUGCUUACAAUUUGUCCCACCUCUUAUCUGGAAACUUAUGGAAAAUUACUACACAUGACAGUGAGGAUAAUAAUUUACUUAGUGUUCUGUAUUGUAUACAAAUCAUUGAAGACCAAUUUGAACAUUUGUUUAAUGAUUGCUCAUUUCUAUUAAAUUCUGCAGAUGCCACAGGUUUCUUUGAAUUAUUAGAGAUUUUUCACCUGACCAAGAUGUCAAUUUUAUCAAGUAUCACAUCAAUAUGAGGUCACAUUCUGUUGAUAUUUAGAUUAAAAAAGAAAGUGUAAACAAAUAUAUAUUACUGGUGAUCUUGAAGUACAUUUACAAUGAAAGUAGUAUGCUAAAAUAUAAGUACACUGAAAUAGAAUUACGCUAAAAACAGGAGUAUGAUAAAAACAGGAGUAUGCUAAAAACAGGAGUAUGCUAAAACAGGAGUACGCUAAAACAGGAGUAUGUGAAAAACAGGAGUACGCUAAAACAGGAGUAUGCUAAUUGCUGUUUAUGUAUGAUGUUUAUAUAGGAAUUAUUGUGGAUGUGUAAGGUGAUCAUUGCACUAAAUUGCUAAAAUGUGAAAAUGUGUUGAAAUUUGACUGGGCCAAAUAAAGUACAUUUACAGUAAAUACUUGCAUGAAGGUCUCUGAGGUAUCUACAUGGGUUGGAGUUUCUCAGUGUUCUAUAAUGUAGACAUGUUUACAUUUCUUACAUACACAAAAGUUGGAGAUAAGCAUUUUAUUUCUCACUGACAACCAUACAGAAACUCCUCAAUCAAGAUUAUACAGAUUAUGUACACGUGUACUAGACAUCUAAGAUUAUACAGAUUAUGUACACGUGUACUAGACAUCUAAGAUUAUACAGAUUAUGUACACGUGUACUAGACAUCUAAGAUUAUACAGAUUAUGUACACGUGUACUAGACAUCUUGGUAAAUCUUUUUGGAAUAUAUCUACAGAUUUUUUUUCAAUUUUUGAACAGUAGUUUUCUGAAAUGUAAAUUGUUGUGAUGUAUGAUGUACUUUAGUUAUUACAUGUUAGUGAAGGAGUGUCUGUGAUACCAAAAAUGUCAAAUGUAGCAGGAAGCUGGAUAAAUGUCCAUUUGUAAAUAUCUUUAAUUUAUGAUUUGAAAAACGUGUUAAAAUCUGCAUCUUAACUUUAUUUAGAAAGCUGCACAUGUCUUUCUGUUGGUGAUGAGGUCAGACCUUAAACACACAUGUGUUAGUGUUAGUGUUAGACCCUAUACAGUACAUGUGUGUUAGUGUUAGUAUUGGACCCUAUACAGUACAUAUGUGUGAGUGUUAGUUUUAGACCCUAUACAGUACAUGUGUGUUAGUAUAAGUGUUGGACCCUAUACAGCACAUGUGUGUUAGUGUUAGACCCUAUACAGUACAUGUGUGUUAGCGUUAGACCCUAUACUGUACAUGUGUGUUAGCGUUAGACCCUAUACAGUACAUGUGUGUUAGCGUUAGACCCUAUACAGUACAUGUGUGUUAGCGUUAGACCCUAUACAGUACAUGUGUGUUAGCGUUAGACCCUAUACAGUACAUGUGUGUUAGCGUUAGACCCUAUACAGUACAUGUGUGUUAGCGUUAGACCCUAUACAGUACAUGUGUGUUAGCGUUAGACCCUAUACAGUACAUGUGUGUUAGUGUUAGACCCUAUACAGUACAUGUGUGUUAGUGUUAGUGUUAGACUCUAUACAGUACAUGUGUGUUAGUGUUAGUCCCUAUACAGUACAUGUGUGUUAGUGUUAGUCCCUAUACAGUACAUGUGUGUUAGCGUUAGACCCUAUACAGUACAUGUGUAUUAGUGUUAGUGUUAGACCCUAUACAGUACAUGUGUGUUAGUGUUAGUCCCUAUACAGUACAUGUGUGUUAGUGUUAGACCCUAUACAGUACAUGUGUGUUAGUGUUAGUGUUAGACCCUAUACAGUACAUGUGUGUUAGCGUUAGACCCUAUACAGUACAUGUGUGUUAGUGUUAGUGUUAGACCCUAUACAGUACAUGUGUGUUAGUGUUAGACCCUAUACAGUACAUGUGUGUUAGUGUUAGACCCUAUACAGUACAUGUGUGUUAGCGUUCGACCCUAUACAGUACAUGUGUGUUAGUGUGAGACACUUUACAGUACAUGUGUGUUAGUGUUAGUGUUAGACCCUAUACAGUACAUGUGUUAGUGUUAGUGUUAGACUCUAUACAGUACAUGUGUGUUAGCGUUAGACCCUAUACAGUACAUGUGUUAGUGUUAGACUCUAUACAGUACAUGUGUUAGUGUUAGACUCUAUACAGUACAUGUGUUAGUGUUAGUGUUAGACCCUAUACAGUACAUGUGUUAGUGUUAGACCCUAUACAGUACAUGUGUUAGUGUUAGUGUUAGACUCUAUACAGUACAUGUGUUAGUGUUAGACUCUAUACAGUACAUGUGUUAGUGUUAGUGUUAGACCCUAUACAGUACAUGUGUUAGUGUUAGACCCUAUACAGUACAUGUGUGUUAGUGUUAGACCCUUUACAGUACAUGUGUGUUAGUGUUAGUGUUAGACCCUAUACAGUACAUGUGUUAGUAUAAGUAUUGGACCCUAUACAGCACAUGUGUGUUAAUGUUAGACCCUAUACAGUACAUGUGUGUUAGUGUUAGUGUUAGACCCUAUACAGUACAUGUGUUAGUGUUAGUGUUAGACCAUAUACAGUACAUGUGUUAGUGUUAGUGUUAGACUCUAUACAGUACAUGUGUUAGUGUUAGUGUUAGACCCUAUACAGUACAUGUGUGUUAGUGUUAGACCCUAUACAGUACAUGUGUUAGUGUUAGUGUUAGACUCUAUACAGUACAUGUGUUAGUGUUAGUGUUAGACCCUAUACAGUACAUGUGUGUUAGCGUUAGACCCUAUACUGUACAUGUGUGUUAGUGUUAGACCCUAUACAGUACAUGUGUGUUAGUGUUAGACCCUAUACAGUACCUGUGUGUUAGUGUUAGACUCUAUACAGUACAUGUGUGUUAGUGUUAGACCCUAUACACUACAUGUGUGUUAGUGUUAGACCCUAUACAGUACAUGUGUGUUAGUGUUAGACCCUAUACAGUACACAUUAGGAGUCACUUUGUAUUGAUGAUUUUAUGUGAAAUGCAAUGUUACGUGAUUAAUGAUAUUUUUAGUUGUAUUGGUUCCUGCCAUUUAUGAUGUUCAUAUAUAUGAUUGAUUGUAAUUUGAUUUUUAUAUUUUGUAAAUAUGAUAUUUUGAGUUGUAUAUAUUCUUUGUUUGCGAGAUAGUAUGAGAAUCACACCAUUGUGUAUUUAAUGUAAAAGUACUCUGUGUGAGUGUCAUUUGUGUACCUCAUUAAUGAUAAGUGUAAAUAGGUCAUUUUCACACACACAUGUUACAUAUGAUCUGGUGUGAAAUACCGAGCUGAUGUAGCAUGUAUUAUCAAACUUGCCACUAUAGUGCAGAGAAGUAGAAUGUGCUAGGUAUGUGCAAUCAAUACAGAAAUUCAACAUAAUUGACCUUGUAUGGUUAAGGUGCUUUUGUUCUCAUAUAGAAUAUUGUUUGCCACUGUUAAUUUAUCUGCUGGUCAGAAAACAUACAAAUCAGUGGUUUUAAUGUGAUAUACAGGUGUGAAACACAGUCUCAAGAUAGUUUAAUGACACAAAAAAUGUCCAUAAUCUUUUAUAAUCAACAUGAUUUAGAAAGUUAAGGUAGGAUUUCACCUAGUCCAAGUUGGAACAGAUGACAUAUUUUCAAGGUUUCAAGCCCAAACAGGUGACCAAUUUUCCAAGUUACAAGUUUGAACAGGCGACAUAAUUUCAGAUGAUCUUUCCUCAAUACACUUACUGUGUCCAGAAGUAUUCAUAGUUGAAGCUUACCACUUGCUUUAGAAGACCAGAUAUCACCUUGAUGGAAGAACUGCUCACUCUAAGAGUGACUACCUUGUCUGCCUAAUAAACCACAUCAUCUGUAAUAAACAAUAUAAUUGAUAUUAUACACAAUCCCUUCUAUUUUAACAAGUUCAUUUUUGACUUGUGUUAUGUUCAUGCACUGUUUGAAAUUGUACUGUUUGUCACUUCUCUGUGUUACAAAUAUUUUAAUUUGCUAUGACAGAUUUUUUCGUGACUUUCAUGUAGAUUUAUUUGCAUACAAAAAAAUGGGUCAAAAUGUUUUAUUUUGCCAGAUUCCAUAUUGUUUAUUGAAUUUGAACAGUCCUUGAUCCCUAUCAGGCAUAAGUGUGGUGUCUACUUCAGUUGAUCAUUGUGUUAGAGAUUUCCAAACAUGUAUGAUGUCCAUUUUGUGGAAAAAGACUGUUAAAAGAUAUUCUGUCAGUGAUGAAUUCAGACAUUGAUUUUUUUCAGAAAUAAAUAAAUUGAAAACA